AUGCCGUCUCACACUGAGGAUGGAUUUGCAACAAAGGCAAUUCAUGCAGGCCAGGAACCAAGACAGUGGAGUCAUUGCUCAGUUGUUCCUCCUAUAGUAAUGUCCACAACUUUUCGACAAGAUGGCCCAGGAGAACACCGCGGUUUUGAAUAUGGCAGAAGCGGGAACCCAACUCGAAACGUGCUUGAAUCCUGCCUCGCUGCCCUGGAAAAUGGAAAACAUGGUCUUGUUUUUUCAUCUGGACUCGGUGCCCUCACAGCCUUGACAGCGAUAUUAGAGCCCGGAGAUCAUAUUGUCUGCGGAGAUGAUGUUUAUGGAGGCACGAAUCGCUUUUUGCAAAAAUGCAAACCAGGCAAUAAGGUCACUCUGGUUGACGCUUCCAUUACACAAAAUGUCCUGAAUGCAAUCAGGCCGAACACCAAGAUGGUUUGGUUGGAAACACCGACUAAUCCACUUAUGAGAUUAGCUGAUAUAGAAGCAAUUUCGAAAGGAAUUAAAUCGAUCAGAUCGGACGUAAUUUUGGUGGUUGAUAACACUUUUUUAACUUGCUACUUCCAGCGACCCUUGGAUCUUGGUGCUGAUAUUGUUAUGUAUUCGCUAACGAAAUAUAUGAAUGGGCACUCAGAUGUAAUUAUGGGAGCGACCAUUACGAAAAGAGAGGAUCUGGAGCAGAGAUUGCGUUUUAUUCAAAAUGCAAUGGGAAUAGUUCCAUCUCCAUUUGACUGUUCUCUAGUCAAUCGAAGUCUUAAAACUUUGGAGGUGAGAAUGCAACAGCACAUGAAAAACGGAAUAGCAGUAGCUAAAUUUUUAGAAAAUCACCCCUUUGUCAGUAAGGUGAUUCACCCUUAUCUUCCAACACAUCCACAGUAUGAAUUAGCAUUAAAACAAACCACAGGCCACAGUGGUAUGAUUACAUUUUACAUCAAGGGCGAUUCCCAUAAAUUUUUAAAAGCUUUGAAGGUAUUUAUUUUGGCAGAGUCGCUGGGAGGUUACGAGUCACUUGCUGAAUUACCAUGCAUAAUGACUCACGCAUCUGUUCCGGAAGACGAAAGGGCUAAAUUGGGCAUCACGGAUAAACUAAUCAGGCUCUCAGUUGGUCUCGAAACUGAAAAGGAUCUUCUUGCUGAUCUUGAACAGGCGCUGAAAGCUUCUCAAUAAGGGAAACAAAAUUCUGGAAUAUUGGAUUCACUGCAGGCAGUUAAAUUCUUAUGUUUUUUUAAUUCUGUAAUUUGAGAGGAAUUUUCUAGAUAAUUCUGCAAGUAAGAUAGAAAUGUACCUAAUUUUGUACAAUGUCUUUCGUCGUGUGACUAGACUUUCGAAACGACUAGACAGAGUCAAUUUUUAAUAAUCAUGUGACUAUGCAAAUGUUAAUUAAUUUUUUUCAACGCAUAAAGCGUCUAAGUUUUUCUAGGAUAAUUAAAUUAUUUCUGGAAAAAAUUAAAGACAUUGAAAUUGUUUUUAAGGAAACACCAGUAAAUAGGAACUUAAUUUAAAAUUGAUGUUUUUGUACAUAGAAUAAAAAAUGAAUAAUGGGUAUUGUUACUUCAAAUGAGCAUCUCAAUUAUGUGUUUUCUAAUUUGUCUUGAAAUUGAUUUUGUGGAAACAGUAAAUAUUGACACUUACUUUUGCAAGAUUAAUGUAAGAUAUUAGGAAUUAAAUUAAAUUACCAUUCCAUAAUAUCUACGCGUUUGAUAACAAACGGUUAUGAAAAUAUCUUAUGAUACUUGUUCAAGUGUAUCGUUCUAUAUUUUAUAUUGUAAGUACGCUUUAUGAUAUUAAGAAAAAAGAGGAAUGAUAACCAAGCAAAAUAAAUUGCUUUUUCUUUAGAUGUGACAUUAA